AUGUCAGAAGAAGCCAAGGACAAGAGACCGUUGGAGAAUGAACCAUCAAAGGAAAAAAAGCCAGAAGCUGGUGAAAAGAAGCAGAAAAACAAGAGAAGAAGAAGAAAUUACGAUGAGUACGAUGCUGAAGUAGCCCAGGAGGAGAAAACUGCCAAGGCAGCGCACGGUAAAAGUAAACAGGAUGAGGAAGAAGAGUCAGACUUGGAUGAUGCCAAACUAGAUGCAAUGGUAGACCAGGAAGAAGCUGAGGAUGAUCUUGCAGAGAUCGAUACGAGCAAUAUUAUUACUGGUGGUAGAAGAACUCGUGGGAAGGUUAUCGAUUACAAGAAGACUGCAGCUGAAAUGGAGAAACAAAAGAUUCCUGCAGAUGAAAAUGAUGAGGAUGAUGUGGACGAUGAUUUCAAAGAGUAA